UGAAGCCUGGAAGCAGUAUCUUUUCAAUCUGAAGUUUUAAUUUACAAAACCAACCAGCAAUGAAGUUUGGAAAAGAAUUUGCAUCACAGAUGGUGCCUGAAUGGCGAGAAGCAUAUAUGAAUUAUAACAACCUCAAGACUCUCUUGAAACAGAUCUUGAUCUUCCACCGGAGACAGACCCGGUUGCCGGAUAAUCAUGUGAACUCACGGCCAGCACCGCCGUCCAAGGCGGCUUCUUUGAAGAGAAGGGUGUCCCUUUUUAGAGCUUUCAGCGGACUAACUAGUCGGUAUGGUAAUAAUAGUCCGAAAGAGGAUAAAGAAGAUGAAGUGAUUCUAGUGAGUGCAAUGCAGCAAGCAGAUGAAGAACAAGGGGAAGAUGUUCAGAGUUACCAGACUGUUUUUCUUCGGUCGUCAGAGGAAGGAGGAGAUCUUGAGCUUGUAUUCUUUAGAGGACUUGAUCAUGAAUUUAAUAAAGUGAUUCAGUUUUAUAAAAGUAAAGUUGAGGAGGUGGUGAAGCAGGCUGAUGAGCUGAGUCAACAGAUGGAUGCUCUCAUUGCUCUUAGAAUUAAAGUUACCAAUCCCACUGCCGCUGCUGCGGUUGCUGCUGCUAUGUCUCCCUUCAUCAACAGAACAAACACAGGUUCAAUUCCAUUGGAGGUGAUUCAUGAAGACCAACAACCAAAGAGAACAGAAGUUGCCAAGGGGUACCAGAUGGCUUCUUUAGAAGUUUUAAAUCACGUAAAAGUCAACGUCGCCCCUGAAACACCGAUAACCACCAUGAAAAAUGUUUUCAAAAGUUUAAAUCCAAACCUGCAUUUCAACAAAAGUGAAGUUAAAGUUGCAGAAGAAAAGUUGAAGCAAGCCUUUAUUGAGUUCCAUGAGAAGCUUCGGUUUCUAAAGAACUACGCGUUCCUGAAUCAGUUGGCCUUCUCCAAGAUAAUGAAGAAGUAUGAUAAGAUAACAUCAAGAAAUGCGUCGGGUGCUUACAUGAAGAUGGUUGAAGAAUCAUACUUGAGCCAAUCUGAUGAGGUUUCUAAGCUCAUAGAGAGAGUCGAAGCAGUAUUUAUAAAGCAUUUUUGUAAUGGGAAUCGGCAUCAAGGAAUGGACACCUUAAGGCCCAAAGCUAAAAGAGAUAAGCACCGGAUAACAUUUUUUGUCGGUUGCUUCUUUGGACUGUCAUUAGCACUUACGGUGGCGAUUAUUGUAAGCGUACAUGCUAGAGAUCUUCUUAAGAGUCAAGGUCGAACUCAGUACAUGAACACAAUCUUUCCGUUGUACAGCAUGUUUGGAUUUCUGGUGUUACAUAUACUGAUGUAUGGUGGAAAUGUAUAUUUUUGGGCACGCUAUCGUGUCAAUUACUCAUUUAUAUUUGGAUUUAAGCCGAGCACAGAAUUGGGCUUUAAAGAAGUUCUACUCCUCGGUUUUGGUCUAUCAGUGCUCACUCUUGCAGCUGUACUCUCAAAUCUUCAAAUGGAAUUGGAUCCACAAACUAAAAGUUACAAAACAUUCACCGAAUUACUCCCUCUGGCCUUAGUCAUUGUUGUUAUUUUGAUAACCAUUUGUCCAUUUGACAUCUUCUAUCGUGCAAACCGCUUCUUUCUCUUAGUCUGUUUAUGGCAUUGCAUUUGUGCUCCACUUUAUGCGGUCACUCUCCCUGAUUUCUUCUUGGCCGACCAGUUUACUAGUCAGGUCCAGUUAUUGAGGAAUCUGCAGUUUUAUGUAUGCUACUAUGGAUGGGGAGAUUUCAAGCACAGGAAUGCAGAAACCUGCAACAAUAGCACAGUUUAUGAUGUUCUUUUUAUAGUUAUUGCAGUUAUACCAUAUUGGAUUCGACUCCUACAGUGCAUACGACGGUGGAACGAUGGGCGCGACUCUACACAAGCUCUGAACGGACUCAAAUAUUUCUCAACCAUUGUUGCUCUUGUUACAAGGACCAUUUAUAGUCAAAAAGGAGGAAUAGCCUUUAAAGUCAUAUCUGCAUCUACCUCAGGAUUUGCAACAAUUUUCAGUACCUAUUGGGAUUUAGUGAUGGAUUGGGGUCUGCUAUCUAGGAAUUCUGAGAAUCCAUGGUUGAGAGACAAGCUUAUCUUGCCCAGCAGAUCUAUCUACUUCAUAGCAAUGGUAUUGAAUGUGAUACUGAGACUUGCCUGGAUGCAAACUGUAAUGGAUUUCCGUGAACUUCCUUUCCUCCAUAAAAAUGCUCUAACUGCAAUAUUUGCGAGUUUGGAGAUCAUUCGACGUGGCAUAUGGAAUUUCUUCAGGUUGGAGAAUGAGCAUUUGAACAAUGUUGGAAAAUUUAGAGCUGUGAAAUCAGUGCCGUUACCUUUUAGCUACGAGGACGGAUACAAGAAUCUUUAACUCGUUUAUUCAUCUUAAAUUUGUUUAUUGAUAUGUAAUGAUAAAAUCAUAAGAAUAGCUCAGUUGUAAAGAAUCACCAGUUUUGUGUCUAUACAGUUUCCAUAUCAAUCAGUGCAUAAAUGAAAAUUCCACUUGUACUUU